GGCUUCUAAUAGGCUUAAGUGAAGUGCUGCAGGUGUUGUAUGUAACAGCGAGUUGGCAGUGGCAGCUCAUUUGUCAUCAUUUUAUAAACAGUGACUGUGGCAAUAUUAUUUCUUGAUGAAUGAAAAAAGUGAGAGUAAAAUGGGCAAAAGGAGGCAGAGGAAGGUAUGGCUGUCUGCUCUCUCUCCUCUCUUAUCUGCCCAGCUCUUAUGUAACACUGGCAGCAGGAACAGGAAAAUUCCGGCUAUCUGCUUUCACAUAGCGAAGGAAACCCUGACCCUUCUUUCUUUCUCUCUCUCUCUCUCUCUCUCUCUCUCUCUCUCACACACACACACACACACACACACACACACACACACACACACACAAAAGCAUUCAUGCACACACACAAAAAAACCCAUGCAUGUACGCACAUAAGCACAGAGCUAGUUUCUUGGCAACACCUUGUGAACUGGAUGAAACUGGUUUGGAGUGUGGGAGUUACACAAGACUGCAUCUACAUAUGCCCGGGAGGGGUGGGGUGUGUGUAAUGAAGUGAUGGAGGAUGGCUGAGGGGACACAGCGAGUCUGAACUGGGAUAAGGAGGAAUCUCAACACAAAGGGAGAGCAAUGGUUUUAGGCUUAAUGGAAUCACUGAGCUGCGAAAUCAAAAUGGAUUUCUGAUGCUGUGUUUAAAGUGUUAGUGGUCCUUACCACAGAAAAGAACUUACACUUAAGAAUAGGAUUUUACUCAUUGUUUGUCAAAGUACCCUCACGUCUGUUACAUUCAUCAUUCAAGCUGUGAUGUACUGUGACGAUGGGAAGGUUUGUCUUGCCUGGUUGUUGAGACUUAGGGCUGGGUCAUACUCUACAAUAAGUAGUUCAUACAUGUUUUCUUAACAAUGCCAAAAUAUUUAUAGCUGUUACAAAGGUGGAGUGAGGAGCUGGCUGUCAAUGCGGUUGUUAUAAAGAAUCAAUUCUGCUUUUUUGAGGUUCAUAUUUGUAUUUACAGUUGACACUAGAACUUCUCAACGUUUUGUAAUUCAAGGUUUUAACCCUAACUAGAAUUACUGCCUUGUGGUUGUAUGCCUCCGCUAUCCAGUCAAACUGCACUUACAAUCUAUAUCCAUGUCUGUGAAAACAUGGAUGCUUCACACACACCUUCCCCCCGGUAGCACAGAAGAUCUAUACAAUCAGCUCAGUUUUAAGGUGGACACCAAAGAUUAGUGUAACCAAUUCAGCAUGUCUCCCCUUCUGUUCCUGAGAUAUGGCAUUGAGUAAUGGCCAGAAAAGUGGUUUUGCAGAAAAUUAUGAUGUCACUGUGAAGUUGACCUUUGACCUUUUGGAUAUAAAAUGCCACCACUUCAUCAUGAGCCAUUUUUGUGAAAUGUUGUCAUAAUUAAUGUAUGAAUUUUUAAAUUAUGGACAAAUACAUGUUUUGUGAGGUCACACGGACCUUGACCUUUGACCACAAAAUUAUAAUUAGUUCAUUCUUGAAUCCAAGUAGACAUGUGUGCCAAAUUUACGGAAAUUCCUUCAAAGCCUUCUUAUCACAUUCACAAGAAUGAGAAAGACACAAAGUCACAAUGACCGUUGACCUUCAAUUACCAGAAUUCUAACUGGUUCAUUGAUUAGUCCAAGUGGAUGUCACUGCCAAGUCUGAAGAAAUUCCGUACAGGUAGCUUUAAGAUAAUGUGUUCACAAGAAUGAGAUGAAUGCAAGGUCACAGUGACCUUGACCUUUGAUCUAAAAAUCCUCAUCAGUUCAUUGUUGAGUUCAAGUAAAUGUGCACCAAAUCUUAAUUCCCUCAAGGCAUUCCUGGGAUAUUGCGUUCAUAAGAAUAAUAUGGACAGACGGACAGAUGGACAACCUGAAAAGGUAAUGCCUCUGUUAACAGACAAAAGAUUAAUUUCGGUUGGAUUUAUAAAGGGACGGAAAACCUGCUUUAGAAUCAGAUUGUCAUUAUCCUCAUCAUGGCAGCCCCUCCCUGUCCCUCAUGUUUAUGUGUGUCAUUCCCCGUCUGUAUUACUCCUCCUGUGUUUCUCCCCCUGUCUGUUCUGUGUGUGUGUGUGUGUGUGCAUGUGGGUGUGGCUUCCCUCCACAGGCAGUGCCAGGUGAAUCCACUCCAGUAAUCAACCUCUCCAUAAAGCCUCUGGAUUCCUCCCUACUUGUCGCCAGAUCGUUUCAUCAGCCUGCGCGGUAGUUUGUGUCCUGGCUCCUCUGUGGUUUUGCCCUUGUGCUUUGUUAGCUUGUGUAGCUAAUGCCUCUGUGUUUUCUCUGCCUCAACUCAGAUUGCUGUGCUUGCCUCGUGAUCUCGUGUGUGCUACUUCACUGCCUGCCUGUGGACCUUCCUGCCGCCGUCAGCUCUCCUGUGUUUCCCCUCGGAGUGAGUACGCUCGAGAAAACGGAAUCUACUGAGCCGUGCCGCAGUACCGCUGCCAUUACCACGUGGCGGACGCCACAUCACGGACACUCUCACUCUCCUCCUCACCGGUGCCUUCAUGGAACACGUCGGGAUCCUGGGACCACGCUCCACCCCUCCCCCCUUGCACUAUUCUGCACAUUCGAACAUUAAAGACUUGUUAUUCACUGUGUACCUGUUUCCUGAGUCGUGCUUUUGGGUCCAGGCUUUAAACCAAAUCAUAACACAGAUGUUAUGAAAUCACUACAUAGGCAUACAUGUGAUGUACUGUGCAAAGCAGCUACAGUUACAUAACACAUAAACAGCUACGCAUCACUGUAGUUUGUUCUGAAAGCAUGUUGAUUCCAAAACUCUUAUGCAACAAGACAAAAUAUGUAUAUGUACACAUGGUUCUAUUUCAUAAAUCUCAAUCAUUGUGGAACUGGGCACAUCUGCCUGUGCAUAAGUGCAGAAUGUCAAACUGAGUAGCAGGCAGCACCAGUGUAUGAAUGGGUGACAAAUGGCAAGGAGCAUAAAAUCGACUCAAAAGAUGUUAUACAAAUGAAAGUCCAUUCACCAUUACACUGCUUCUUGUAUCUAUCAAUGAAUAAAAUGGCAAAGAGAGAUGGUCCAUCCCAAUGCCUAUACUUGUAGACAAAACACAGUAGCCUCAACCCACACGUGAUGCACACUUUUCCUAAUACUGCUUCAAAGCGAUAUUCACAGGUUAGUGUAUCUCCAGUGCAGCUGUUACUGGUGAUGCACCUAAAGGUGUCUACUGGUGAAGAGGGUAUUAUCUCCACACAGUGCGAGUGCCCGCAAGGAGACUACAAAUGCAGCCAUGCAGCUGCAUUGGCCAUCUUCGCUGUGCAUAAUAUCAGCCGCACAGACACCGCUACUCAGUGGAAAAAGCCAAAGGCAGCUAAAAGGACACACCAUGUGGAAGAGCUAUUCCCACCUCUGAGUAAGUCCUACAACCCGCUGACAAGAGAGCCAACUGCCAAGGAUCGUGCCUGGCUGAGGAACAGACUCAGCAGCAGGUUCUCUGGAUUCUCUUGGCUUCUGUCACCUGAGCCAGAGGAAGAACCAUACACCUUGGCCACACUCUCUGUUUCCAAGAUUGUGGAGUCUGUGGCAACUGGCCAGCACAACAAUCCAAAGUGGCAUCUCCUCAGGAAAGGAAGGCUGACUGCCAGCAACUUUGGAGCAGUCCUUAAGGCAAAACGUGUGACUGCUUCUCUUCUUGCCAGGGUGAUGGGAGAACAGCAAGCACUGGAUGGUGUUUUGUCUAUACAGUGGGGGACUAUGAAUGAAAAAGAAGGCAUUAAGGCCUUCACCACUGCCAUUCAGAUGCCAGUUGAAGAGUCAGGCUUGUGGCUUUCUCGUUCAGGGGUAUUGGGAGCAUCUCCAGGUGGUCUGGUGGGGUCUUCCGCGGUGCUCGAAGUAAAGUGUCCCUAUGGCACCAGGGAAAUGACCAUCACAGAAGCACUGGCAAUCAAGGGCUUCUGUGUCAGUAAGGAAGGGGAUAGUUACCACCUGCGUGACGACCAUCCUUACUGGCACCAGGUACAGGGACAACUUCACCUCACUGGCAGGCAGACUUGUUACUUUGUGGUCUGGACAACAAAAGACACUGCCAUCAUCCCCAUAGCCCGAGAUGAGAGUUGGCAGCCAAAACUGGUGCAUCUGGAGGACUUCUUCAAGGCUCACAUGCUUCCGAAGCUGGCACCGCAGUGAACCCACCCCACACACCAGGAUGUGCUCCUUGUCCUCCUUUGUUUGUUUGUUUGAUGUUUUUUUUUUUGUCUACUGUGAUUCACCCUGGACCAGGAGCACUGUGAUCCUAUAGUUGGCUGGCUGCAAAAUAAAAACAGCCAGAGACAAGGUUAGUUAAACAAGGUUAGACAACAGUCAGUACAAAUGUGUUACAUUGAACUGAGUUCUUAACUUGUGGUUAAAAUGUCUGCAACAUAGUUUUUACGAGUAGUUACGUUUUCAUUAACAAGUAGUUACAAACAACAGACACGGUUGAAAAUUUAUGUUUUAUGUCUCAUCCAUUUUUGGACUGUGAUGAAAUUUGUCUGAUAUCAAUGGUCCUUAAUAAAUAAUAAUAAUAAUAGAUUGCAUUUAUUAUGGCUGGGUAUUGUUGAGAAUGAUUCGACAGGAUUUUGAUUCUUUAGGUCGCAAUUCGAUCCAAUAUCGAUUCGAUUCAAUAUUGAUUUAAAUGCUUAAAUACUGAUUCAGUAAUAAGUAGAAAAACACAAAUAAUUCAUUAGAGUACCUGUUGAUAUUUUAUAAAUAAGUACCUUACAUAUGAAGACGGCCACAGACAGGAAAAAAUAUAUUGCAAUGCAUUGAUGAAUUGAUAUUUUUACCCAACCCUAAUAUUUAUAUAGCGCUUUAUCUGUCUCAUCUUAAGAAUGGAUUACUUUGUUUUACCUUUACAUACUAAUGACAGUCUGAGAGAUGAUGGUGGUAUGUGACACCAUAUACAGUAUCACUAUGAUAUCACAAUAUCUGUCCAAAAAGAGUAAUUUUCUGCUCAGUUACAAACAUGCAAGAUGCAGCCCUGACUUUGUCUUGCAAAGAUAAAGUUUCUGAUUAGAGAUUAGAGAACUCUACAAUAAUAAACUCCAGACAAGAGAGCAGCAUUUCAUAGUCAGUAAACUCAAAGCCACUUAUUCUCUACGAUAUCAGCCAGGAAUUAAUUAUUAUAACACCCUUCUCAAACUGUCCCGUGUGGUGCUUCCAAUCAUUUGAUUAACAUGUAACUGCCGCCAUUCACACCUACUGCCAAACUGAGGUUGACCAAAAGCAGGUCCUUCGAUGACCCCAGCUUGUUGGCCACACCACCGAUGACUGAGGCAGCUGUCGAGGAGCGGGUUGUGGUAUAGGUGUGGUCAUAGCAAAAGACUUUAAACAGAAUCAGAGACAUGAAUCAGAUUAAACACAGGACUGUCAGCACGAAGAAAUAAUGAAGAGGUAAACCAGUGCUGCAGAGUUAGCAAUACUUGGAUUAAUGCACUUGUUCCCACUCGUAUAAGAUGAUUCAUGAAAUAGGAAAGAGGGAAGAAAAACAUCAACACCUUACUUUAUAUCUCCCUAUUUAGUAUUACGUUGUAACAUUUAAUAAAUAGUUUAUAACACAAUAUAACGUAGUAUGUACAUUAAUAUGUUUAUUUGACAACAACUAUAAUUCCUCCUGUGGGCACCAAUUAAAUGUUUUAUAUAGGUUAAGUGCAAAUGUUAUUGACAGACAAUAUGGGUUGAGUGACUAAACAGUAAUAAGUAUUUGCAAAUGCAGGGAAUCGAUGAUGAAAUUACCUAACAAGAAGAGAAGAAGAGAACCUGGUGUUGUUGGCUGGAUGGAUGGAGGGAGAGAGCCUGGUGUUGUUGGCUAGAUGGAUGGAGGGAGAGAGCCUGGUGUUGUUGGCUGGAUGGAGAGAGCCUAUUCUGCUGCCACUUCUUUUAUUAGAGGAUUUUGGAGGUUCACUAAAGCGCAACAUAGCUGAACCACUUUGUCUGCAAAGUUUCGCAGGCGGGCUGGAAUGAAUCUCAGGAAUCUAAAUUCCUUUAAACGAGAAUUUGCUCUCUCGACAUGAAUCCUGUUCUGUGCAAUCAAUAUUUGUGGCAUGUGCUUCACUGUGUGUGAGUUUGCCGUGGUUGAGGAAUGGGGGGAUGUUUACAGUGACUCCAUCUGGCAUAAUAUUCUGGAUCAGAAAGCCCUUGUCUGCUAAAAUCAUGUCUCCUGGCUUGAAAUGGUCAAGAAUUCCAGAAUCCAGCACUAUCUCUUUGUCACUCACUGAUCCUGGGUACAGUUUGCUGCAGUACGUGACAACAGCAUUCGGCGCCAUGCCUAGGAACACUUUAAAGGAAUGCAUGCCACGGUAUGCCGAGUAGGUCUCUUUCUGGGUGUCCAUUUGCUUGGGGAUAGCAAUUUUGAAAUCGGUACAAUCCAAUAUCAUGCGGCAGUUUGGGAAGUGCAUGAAUGAAGAAGGUAAGCUGGUUUUAUUUUUUUCACGACUGGGUACAGUGCUCAUGAUGUCCUUAAAAAGGAGCUUGUGAAGAACCUCAAUGAAUAUUAUUGUCACAUUGGUGACAGUGCUUGUACUGCAGUGGAAGAGUGCAGCCAGAGUGACGGAGUUUCAUGAGAGUCAUAAAAAUUUGGUCUUCAAGUGUGAGUUCUUUGGGGUUCCAACCAGCUUGGUAUGUAAUUGAAUCCUCAAAAUGGCCAACAUAUUCACAAACAGCACUGAAAGUAUCUCUAUCUGGCAAUCCCAUCUCCAUCUGAAUAACAUUUUCACUCAGCUGAGAGGCAGAAUACCUGUCACAGCAGUAACUCUGUUUAUCCUUGAGAGACCUCAACUCUGCUCUGGACUGCUCUAGCUCGAUCUCAAGCUGAAUCCUUCUACUCCUUUCAGACUGCAGCUCUCCAUGUUCCUCAUCAUCAGUCAUAAGCUGUCUGCCUCCUUUCUCCUCCUCAUCCAUUGCUUCUGGACCAGUUUCAUUCCUCUCAGUGUUUUCCUUCCUCAGGCAGUAGGAAUGAUCACUACUUUCACUAUUUUGAACCCCAGUUGUGUUUACAAACAAAACAGGGACUUUUUGGUCCCUGGCAGGAAAAUGACAGCCACAGAUGCGGGAGUUGGCACUGGGCUUCCUGUCAGCUCGUCUAGGGGGAAAGUUAAAGAUAUACAAUAUUAGUUUCAUGAAAGUUACACCCUCUCAGAUAAGAGCACACAAUCUUAAGGCUACAAUAACCAAGUGCACAAA